AUGUCGGACACUACUCCAUCUUACAAGAUUUUCCCCGGCCAGCCAUUUCCAAUGGGCGUCUCCGAAGUUGACAAUGGGAUCAAUUUCGCCGUCUUUUCGCAGAACGCCACUGCUGUCACCCUUUGCUUGUCUCUUCCUCACAGCGAGAGUCAUGAAAACGAAGAAAGCCGUACAAUUCAAAUGCAUCUGGAUCCUCGUCUAAAUAAAACAGGAGACAUUUGGCACAUAUGUAUCGAGGGUUUACCACGGAGCAAUGUGUGCUAUGGUUACCUAGUAGAUGGGCCCCGAGAUUGGUAUGAAGGCCAUCGAUUUGACAACGCAAAAGUCCUCAUCGAUCCGUAUGCUAAGCUUGUGGAAGGUCGUCGAUAUUUUGGAGAUGUUAGCCAGAAAUUGUCGAAUUUCUGGGGAACAUAUGAUUUUGAUACAUUGCCAUUUGACUGGGGGAGCAAUUAUAAGUCUCCCAAUAUACCAGAGAAAGAUCUUGUUAUAUAUGAAAUGAAUGUUCGUGCAUUUACAGUUGAUGAAUCUAGUGGCCUGGAUACAAACAGACGGGGAAGCUACCUUGGUUUAAUUGAGAAGAUUCCUUACCUUCUUGAGCUUGGAGUAAAUGCUGUGGAGCUGCUUCCUGUGUUUGAAUUUGACGAGUUUGAGUUCCAGAGACGCCCAAAUCCAAGAGACCACAUGGUUAAUACAUGGGGUUACUCGACAAUCAAUUUCUUUGCUCCUAUGAGUCGCUAUGCUAGUGGAGGUGGAGGACCAUGUAGUGCAUCUCGGGAGUUCAAGGAAAUGGUUAAGGCAUUGCAUGGUGCUGGUAUUGAGGUCAUUUUGGAUGUUGUGUAUAACCAUACAAAUGAGGCUGAUGACGCACAUCCUUAUACCACGUCAUUUCGUGGCAUAGACAAUAAGGUAUAUUACAUGAUGGACCUGAAUAACAAAGGCCAAUUGCUGAACUUCUCUGGAUGUGGAAAUACGUUGAACUGUAAUCAUCCUGUGGUCAUGGAGCUCAUCUUGGAUAGCUUAAGACAUUGGGUAUCUGAAUACCAUGUAGAUGGAUUCCGUUUCGAUCUUGCUAGUGUACUUUGCCGAGGAACAGAUGGUUCCCCCCUUAGUGCUCCUCCAGUUAUUAGGGCCAUUGCCAAAGAUGCUGUGCUAUCGAGGUGCAAAUUAAUUUCUGAGCCUUGGGAUUGUGGGGGUCUCUAUCUGGUUGGAAAAUUUCCAAACUGGGACAGGUGGGCUGAAUGGAAUGGGAAGUAUCGCGAUGACUUGAGAAGUUUUAUUAAGGGGGAUGCUGGUAUGAAAGGGAAUUUCGCUACUCGAGUUGCUGGAUCUGCUGACCUGUACAGAGUCAACAAUCGCAAACCUUAUCACGGCGUGAACUUCAUAAUUGCGCAUGACGGGUUCACACUGUAUGAUCUAGUUUCUUACAACUCCAAGCAUAAUGAUGCUAAUGGAGAAGGGGGCAACGAUGGAAGCAAUGACAACCUCAGUUGGAACUGUGGCUUUGAAGGAGAAACUGAUGAUCCUGGUGUUAAAGCUUUACGUUCUCGGCAGAUGAAGAACUUCCAUCUCGCCUUAAUGAUAUCACAGGGGACGCCAAUGAUGCUAAUGGGAGAUGAGUAUGCACAUACUCGUUAUGGGAACAACAACAGUUAUGGACAUGACACCUCUCUUAACAACUUCCAGUGGAGUCUGAUGGAAGCACGAAGGAGUGGUCACUUCAGGUUUUUCUCAGAGACGAUAAAGUUCCGAUUAACACAUGAAAUAUUCCGGCAAGAGAAUUUUCUGAGCAAUAGAGAUAUCACGUGGCAUGAAGACAACUGGGGCAAUCCUGACAGCAAGUUCCUUGCAUUUACGCUUCAUGAUAAGAACGGUGGAGAUAUCUAUCUGGCGUUCAAUGCCCAUCACUAUUUUGUUAAGCUCUCAAUACCAUCCCCUCCAGCAAACAGGCGUUGGCACAGAGUGGUGGACACAAAUCUGCAGUCCCCAGAUGACAUUAUGCCUGAAGGUGUAGCCGGUGUUGGAAGCACUUACAACGUAGCUCCAUACGCAUCGAUCCUUCUUCAAGCGAAAUGA